AUGGGCCAGUGUCUAAGGCACCCCAUGAGCUGGGAGGAAUUGGAGGAAUAUCAGGCGCUGACCUUUCUGACCAGGAAUGAGAUCUUAUGGGCAUCGACUUUUGAGCAUGAACAAUUUGUGGAAGAGCAGACCCAAAUCUUUAUUGUCUACUGGGAAGAAAUUAAAAACUCCAAGACGGAGCGUCUCGAGGAAUCUGAGAGAGAAAUAUCUUCCUGCCCCAAACUAAGGCAGGUUAACCCCUUCAGAGACAGAAUCUGCAGAGUGUUCUCCCACGAUGAUGUCUUCUCAUUUGAGGAUAUUUUGGGAAUGGCUUCUGUAUUUAGUGCCCAAGCCUGCCCCAGCCUGAAAAUUGAGUAUGCCUUCCGUAUCUAUGAUAUUAAUGAGAAUGGCUUCAUUGAUGAGGAUGACCUCCAAAACAUCAUCCAGCGAUUGCUAAACACUACUGAUGUGGGUGACGAGUUACUAAAGAAUCUGAUUCAACAUGUAUGGUAUGACGCUGACCUGGACAAUGACCACAUGCUGUCUUUUGCAGAGUUUGAACAUGCCAUGUCCAAGUCUCCAGACUUCAUGAAUUCCUUUCGGAUUCCUUCUUGGGGCCUCUGA